ACAUAAUUAACUAAAAAACAAUAAAAAAUUUAAUGUUGACAUGGAAAAAACCUGCGGUAAAUUUAUAUUUUUUGUGGCCAUGUUGAUACUGGCAUUAGGCCAGCAAUUGGUCUCUGGCAUGUUGGGUGAUUCACAUCAUCCACCCCUAAAUGAUAUUGUUACCACCCAGGAUAUUAUAGCUGGUGAUGUUUUCUUUGAAAUAACAGAACCCUAUUCGUUGGAGUACACGUAUCGUUUACGGCCAUCGAAGGAUUUUGGCACAUCAUUUUCACAGCGUUUGGAGGGUGUUGCAUUAGUGCCGACCAUACCAUCGGAUGGUUGCACAAAAAUUGAAAAUAAACGUGCAUUACGUGGUAAUGUUGCACUCAUCGAUAGAGGAGAAUGUUCCUUUCUAACGAAAACAAUUAAUGCCGAAAUGGCUGGAGCCCUGGCGGCUAUUAUUACCGAAUUCAAUAGUGAAUCCAGCGAAUUUGAUUAUUACAUAGAAAUGAUACAUGACAAAACCGAUAGAGAUACGCAAAUACCAGCUGGAUAUUUACUUGGUCGUAAUGGUGUGGUAAUAAAAAAUACACUGCAACGACUAAAACGAUCAUAUGCUCGUAUAAAUUUACCAGUUAAUUUAACAUUUGUACCACCAUCAAAAAUUAAUCAUCCACCUUGGUUGGGUUGGUGAGACAU